AUCCUAUAUAUACCCCCUUCACGCUUCAUCGUCUCCCCACCACGGCACCACCGAUACAUUCAAAAUAUGUAUUUAUAAUCUAUAUACAUUUGAAUAUUUAUAUUAUAAUUUUUUUUGAUCUAGAGAUUAUCUAGUAGGGUUUGGUUUUACCUGUAUUAAUGACGGCGAUUGAGGGUUGUAAUAAGAUCAAAGGACCAUGGAGUGUGGAGGAGGAUGAGCUGUUGCAGAAGCUUGUGCAGAGGCAUGGGGUGAGAAGCUGGUCGUUGAUAAGCCGUUCGAUUCCUGGGAGAUCGGGGAAGUCUUGCCGUUUGCGGUGGUGCAACCAGCUGUCGCCUGAGGUGGAGCACCGGCCAUUCACGCCGGAGGAGGAUGAAAUCAUUCUCAAGGCACAGGCAGAGUUCGGGAAUAAAUGGGCGACGAUAGCAAGGCUGCUCAAUGGCCGGACCGAUAACUCGAUCAAAAACCAUUGGAACUCGAGGCUGAAACGGAAGUGCGCCGCCGCGUCGGUGGAUGGAGACGAGCGACCCUUGCAGGUUUUGAGGAGAGCGAACAGCGUGGAUGUUACAGGUGUGGUUACGAAUGGCUUUACGGUGAGUCCUGAGAGUCUGAGUCCGUCUGGUUCCGAAAUCAGCGAUUCGAUUGAAAAUGUUCUUGCGUAUACAAAUACAAAUAUGAAUUUUUACUUUCCGAUUCCGGUUAUCGGAAAUGCAGUUUUCGCUCCGCCAGUUGAAUCGUCGCCGGUGGUGAUGGAAAAUGAUAAUGCAGAUGAUCCGUUGACCGAGUUGACUCUAUCUCUGCCAGGGUCUAGGAAUGAAUUUGCGAUGCCGGUGGUGGCGGAAAAGGAGAACAAGAGUGAAACGUUGUCGUUUGGCCUUGAAUUGAGUACCGUGCUGCAAGAGAUGAUUAAGAAGGAAGUGAGAAAUUAUCUUUUGGAACAAUGAAACUGAUGGUUGUGAUUUAAGGAACGCCCAUGGCUAAACGUGUUGGCAUUAGCAAGCUUUUAGUAAUUAAUAAUAAUUAAUGGUUACAAAAUUUCAAUUUUCUUGA